AUGUGGCGGAUGCUCUAUGACUACCCUGUUGAUCGAUAUUCAGUGCAGGCGAAGACGAGUGGGACGAGUCCCUUUGAGGCGGUCGAGAUAGAGCAGAGUGGCAGGGAUGCUUCUUCACAGAACAAGAGCCAGCGUACUACUGAGACUACUGAGAGCCUGACGCAGGACAGCCCGACUGUCGGGCAUCCACCUAACUUCAGCAAGCGCCCAGCUGCCGUUGACCAUGUACCCCUCCCAGCUGGUAAUCACGAGGCUGAUCGAAUCACCGAGACUCCUCGUCUCGACUCCUCACACGAGUCGCGGCGAGAUGAGCCUUUCGCUGAAUCGUCAGUGCAGAUGAGGCUGAGCGCGGCCAGAGAGAUGUCGAAGAAGCGAAAGCGAGAGGAUGACGCUCGACAGCCUGAUGCCGAAGCCACUAAGCAGGAAGACAACACACUUUCUGACGAGCAGGACAUCCCAGGCCGAGUACCUGACGAGCAGAACCACGCAGCGCAGAGCGUCGCUACGGUACAGCCUGUCAUCAAGAAGGCCUCGUAUGCCACCGUCGCCCCGACUCUGGCAUCCAUUGAUAUCAGAUUGCCCUCGUUUUCUAUCCUCGUCCUGCGCGAGAUGCCGGCUCCUCCACCGGCAUCAUGUGUCUACCCUUUCAUCAAGAGAGUACCUCGUACGGUCUCACCAGUCAUGCUCGAGCUGCGCGGUCAGCAAAUGCAACGUGACGGAAUCAACAACGCUGGGACUUACAUCAAGAAUAUACUUGAUGCUGAGCUUGCAGCUCGGUCCGAUCUGCACCAUGGUGGAAAUUCGGUGAAGGAUGCCUCUUCUGCGCCAGAGACAGUCGGGGAGCAACCACGAGAAGAGCAACCAAAAGUAGCCGCUCCUGCCACGGAAGCUCAAGUCACCGUCAAUCAGCGCUUGGUGACUGAAGCUGAAGGCCAGACAGAUGGUUCGGAGACCUCCGCAGCAAUUCCCGAACUCAGCUUCGAACAGUUCAAGAAUCUCCUGAUCUCCGACAUCUUUCGCGAAGAUGAGCUACCGAUCAUAUACAAGACCUAUCAAGAUAACCAGCUCCCGUUCAUCGAGGCUACCGAAAGCAACAUUGUUCGCGCGGCAGAGCUUGUGCAGAAUGAGGUUCUCAAUGUCAACUACCCAGCAUUUUAUGGAGCUAUCGCUUCUUGGUUCGGUGCUGUUGUCACUUCUUGCCUCAAUGGCACUAUCGCGGGCCAGCAGAUAUCUCAGCCGGAGCUGAUUGAUACGUAUAUGGAGGAUGCGCCAGCGCCCGAGCCUGCAAUGGGCCAGGAGACAUCUGAGGCUCAGCUCUCCGAACCCCACCCAGACGAUGGUAUGGAGUGGGAGGCUACUGGGUUUGCUUCACCGAGCCCAAGUCCAGCCAUCUUUCCCGUUAUUGGUAGCGCAGCGUCACCAGUGCCAGGUUCUGCCAUCUCUGCAACCUCAACACAUUACGGCUCCGCUUCUCCAACCUGCCAGAAGCUUAUGAUGUUGGAGCAGCAGGUACUGAGCUCCAACUUUGCCAUGAGUUGGCCAGAGCACUUCGAGAUCUUCAAGUGCAUGUUGUGCCUUGUAAGCAACAGUGAGAACGAUGCGAGUGUGGAACUGUGGCUGGACUCUCCAGAUCCGUUGCACAACACCGGAGGCGAUUUUCGUUGGUGGUGGAAGACUCGUGUCGGGCUCCGGGAAAUGAACAAGCUUGGAAAGGUGCUUGUUCGAGACAGGGACGACUGCGAGGCUAAGCAGCGACAACGACGACGCAGCGCAUUCGCAGACCCUGUAGCGACUGGCCAGGCUCAAGCUCGUACUCAGCAGUCAAGUGUUGUGCCAGGACCGUCGCAUUCAAAUCAGCAGACUGCUCAGCAGAGCAAUACGAUCCGCAAUACACCUUCUGGCACGCCUUCUGGUACCGCUGCUAGUGCGCCACCUCGCGCACAGCCAAUUCGGACUGCUGCACCCGCAACUUCGGCCCAGCAGUCUCAUACACCGAGGCGGACUGGACCAUGGGUUGAGAUCGAUAUUCUGAAAGCACAGCUGAAGACCCUAUGGGACACCACAACUUUAUGGCGGCCCAUAAGAUUCAAGAUUAUCGAGAUCAUCAUCGUUCUCGGUCGCAUCCAUCACAGCGGACCCAAUGGCCGAGCUCAGAUUGAGAGGUGGAUGUCGUCUCACAACAUGAACUCCGCACUUGCUCAACCACGCCGAGAAUUCUACAUGGUGUACUAUACUCGAUAUACUCUCCACUCUGAUGAAUACGGCCUUGGACAAUUUUUUGCAGAGCAGAGUGUGUAUUUCCUUCGUCAACUCGUCAACAAACAAGAGGGCGAACUCUGUAAGUUCUACGAUCAGGGGGGCGACUGGGUGCCACUAGAGCGCACCAUCUUGGCUAUUCUGGGUCAUCUUUCUACAAUGGACAAAGUUCCGGUUGUCAAAGACGCCGUCGAGACCUGGCUCAACAGUAAAGAUCCUUUCGAUCCUGAUAACGCACGUGCACUGUACUGGCGUGGUCUGUGGGAGGCGCAGAAGAAGGACAGUGGCCUACCCCUACUUUUGGAUCAGAAGAAGAUUGACUACCAGAAAGACAUCAGUCAACAGGGCAAUUCUCGCUUCUAA